AUGACGACUCUUUUCACCGUCCCGAUCAGCUCUACUGGAGGCUCGAUCGUCUGCACAAACCCUAGCACAGCGAAAGAGCAUGAGACCAUCUACGUGCUCACCUUUAGUUCGCCCCCGGACAACCGACUGACACCCAUUUUUAUUGAUGCUCUGCUGCUCGCUCUCGACAUUGUCGAGCACCGCUACCCCAAGGGUGUCUUAGUCACGACUAGUGGAAUUGCCAAGUUCUACAGCAAUGGGCUUGAUCUCGACAUUGUCAAGAAAACUAAAGGGUUCUGCGAGAACUGGAUCUGGCGAUUGUUCCGACGCUUUUUGACAUACCCCAUGCCAACCGUGUGUCUACUAAAUGGACACGCUUUUGCUGCUGGCUUCAUGUUGGCCAUGUAUCAUGACUACCGAAUCAUGAAUCCAGACCGUGGUUUCCUCUGUAUCAACGAGCUGGAAUUUGGCGUCCCGCUCCAGACACCCAUGAUGUCUAUAUUCCGCGAGAAGCUGACGCCAGUCGUUUUCCGGACUGUGGUUCUCGAAGCUCACCGCUUUGGUGGACGAAAUGCGCUUGAGGCUGGUAUCGUUGAUGCCGUUGGUGGGGCUGAGGAAGCGCUUGCGCUGAUCCAGACCCGCAAGCUCCAGACUAAAGCUGCCACAGGUAUCUACGGUACCAUGAAAGAGGAGAUGUAUUGUGGCAUCUUGAACGGCUUGGAUGACCAUGUUGGAAACUUGCAGUGGCGGAAGAAUGUCGAAGAGAAGAAUCAAGCUGUUCGGCAAAGAGGGCUAGAGGCUGUACAGCAGUUUGAGAAGAAUGGGAAAGCGAAGCUUUGA